UGUGUGUGUGUGUGUGUGUGUGAGAGAGUGAGAGAGAGAGUGAGAGAGAGAGAGAGAGAGAGAGAGGGAGGUUAACACUGAUCUGAUGAUCUGAAAAGAAACAAAAUGCUCCUUCCGUUUCUGCUGUAUUUGUCGGCGUUGUUGUGUUUCACACCUGCACGCGCUCACCCGCAAUGUCUGGACUUCAAGCCGCCGUUCCAGCCGCUGCAGGAGCUCCAGUUCUGCGCCAUGUACAAGAACUUCGGCUGCUGCGACUUCGCCAGAGACCAGGAGCUCAUGAAGAAGUUUUACCGCAUCAUGGACAACUUCGACUACUACGGCUAUGCGAAUUGUGCCGGGUACGUGCAAGACCUUCUGUGUCAGGAAUGCUCACCAUACGCAGCGCAUCUUUUUGAUGCUGAAGAUCCCAGUACACCCCUGAGAUCCAUUCCAGGACUGUGUCCGGACUACUGCUCCAUCUUCUACUCAAAAUGUAGAUCCACCAUCCCUCUGCUGUCAGACGACCCACACCUGUCACAGCUGGAACACGACCGCACCAGAUUCUGUCAGUAUCUAGAGCUGGACGAUUCAGACUACUGCUUCCCUCGUGUCCUGAGCAACGAGGUCUUAAACAAGAACCUGGGACGCGUCACGGCGGAUAUGGACGGCUGCCUCCAGUUGUGUUUGGAGGAAGUAGCUAACGGACUCAGGAACCCUUUAGCUAUGGUGCACGCCAAUGACGGCACCCACAGGUUUUUUAUCGCCGAGCAAGUCGGCCUGGUUUGGGUAUAUCUUCCAGACAAGUCGAAGUUGGAGAAGCCGUUCUUGAACAUCACAAAAACUGUACUGACGUCUCCGUGGGAAGGCGAUGAACGCGGAUUCCUGGGUCUCGCUUUCCAUCCCAGGUUUAAGUACAACGGAAAGCUGUACGUCUACUACUCCGUAGAGGUGGGCUUUGACGAAAGGAUCCGAAUCAGCGAGUUUCGGAUCUCUGCCUCAGAUAUGAACGUCGUUGACCAUACUUCUGAAAGAGUUAUUUUAGAGAUUGAUGAACCUGCUUCCAAUCACAACGGAGGCCAGCUGCUGUUUGCUGAUGAUGGCUACUUGUAUAUCUUCACUGGAGACGGUGGCAUGGCCGGAGACCCUUUUGGAAAAUUUGGGAAUGCGCAGAACAAGUCUGCUCUUCUAGGAAAGGUUCUCCGCAUCGAUGUGGACAACAACGAGAAGGGCCCGCUGUACCGAAUCCCUCCUGACAACCCGUUUGUGCAUGAGCGCAAUGCCCGGCCCGAGGUGUACGCCUACGGCGUGAGGAACAUGUGGAGAUGCUCUGUGGACAGAGGUGACCCUCUCUCCAGGGAGGGAAAAGGACGCCUCUUCUGCGGCGAUGUGGGCCAGAAUAAAUACGAGGAGAUCGAUCUGGUGGAGAAAGGCAGGAACUACGGCUGGAGAGCAAAAGAAGGUUUCUCUUGUUAUGACAAGAAGCUAUGCGCCAACAGCUCUUUAGAUGAUGUUCUUCCUAUUUAUGCGUAUCCUCAUAAGAUGGGGAAAUCGGUCACGGGAGGAUACGUGUAUCGAGGCUGUGAAUACCCCAACUUAAACGGAAUGUACAUAUUCGGAGACUUUAUGAGCGGACGCUUGAUGAGUCUGAAGGAGAACCGUAACACACGCAGAUGGGACUACAGUGAGAUCUGCAUGGGCUUGGGCCGGACCUGUGCGUUUCCAGGCCUCAUUAAUAAUUACUACCCCUAUGUCAUUUCUUUUGGUGAGAAUGAAGCAGGUGAACUCUACUUCCUGUCCACCGAAGUGCCAAGUGCAACGUCACCCACCGGGGUUGUAUAUAAAAUGGUCGAUCCGUCACGGCGUGCCCCACCUGGAAAAUGUCACUACACGCCCCUUCCAGUGCAAGUCAAGAGCAAGCUCGUAACAUUUGAGCCAAAGGAAACAUUAAUUGGUGUCGAAAUACCAACAAAACGACCGAAACUCUCAGAAGUAAAACCAACAGAAUCUCCGCAACAAACGACGAAAGACUGGAUUCAGGAGUUGUUGGACAUCCUGAGAACGGAGGACGAGUACGACGUCAUGUAUAAGACCACAGCAUUUCCGACUACUAUGACCACCACAACCACCACUCCAAGACAUUCCCGUAGAGGCAGACGGAAAAAAGGUAAGAAGCCGGAAAACGGUGCCGUGAGGCUGAUGGGAGAUGAACGAGGCCAAAAAGACCGUGGCAGAGUGGAAAUCUACAUCAACGGGGAAUGGGGGACCGUCUGCGAUGACCUCUGGACCACCCAAAACGCCGCAGUGGUGUGUCGACAGCUAGGAUUCGGCUACGCUUUAAAAGCCUCCAGACAGGCCGAGUUUGGGGAAGGGAAGCAUCUGAGAAUAAUGCUGGAUGACGUGCAGUGUGACGGAACAGAGGAAACCCUUCUGAACUGCCAGCACGCGGGCGUAGGCAUACACAACUGCCACCAUCACGAGGAUGCAGGCGUGGUCUGCACCUCAGAACAUGUUGAUUAUUAGCGCUCUGGAUGGCCUCAGUGUGAAGUACAGACAGAGAAAGAGAUGUAAACUGUUUAAAAGUAGCACUUAGGUCUACCUCAUCAACUGAAAUAAAAGAGAAAUGUCACAAUAACCGUUAAUGAGCACGUAACUGGGCUGGAUCAUGUUUAAUGGAGCAAAUGCUUGGAUGUGAAUACUUGGAUUUUGUAUUGUGUUUUCA